UACACACACUCACGCACUUCAUAUGCCGGUGCUGUAGAGCAGGGUCUAUUCUCACUUGCCGUUACUAGACGAAUGAACGCUGUUCUAUAUAGCCUUUCUUUUCAGUUUAAUAUUUAAAAAAUAUUUCUGCACGGAAUAAGAGCGAUUAUGUCCAGACAGCUCACAAUGAAUCCAGCUUUCCUACCAUCGCAAACUAACGGCGUUUUGAAGGCGCUCCUGGAAAAACCUCUGAAACUACCUUUACACCAAGAUGAAGGCUUUGUUAAGGAGAGAGAGAAGGUGAAAAAGCUGGAGGAAGAAGGAAAUGCUCCUCAGUCAGCUUUCUUAGGGCCAACGCUCUGGGAUAAAACAUUGUCUUAUGACGGAGACAACUUUCAGUUGGAGUAUAUGGACCUUGAGGAGUUUCUCUCUGAAAAUGGCAUCCCCUCCAGUCCCGCACAACAUGACCAAAGCCUCCAUCACCAGCAGCAGCAGCAGCAGCAGCAGCCGCAGCAGGCUUCAAUGCCUCUGGGUCCCAUCUCAGUCAUGGACCUCAGCAGCCGGGCUGUGACCUCCAUCAAUACAGGCAUGGUUCCUCAGAACUGCCUCCACAGCCCGUGCAGACCAGUUUUGCCUCCGUCACGUAACACACCAAGUCCAGUAGACCCAGAGGCUAUUCAGAUACCAGUGAGCUACGAGCCCGAUCCAGCAGACCUCGCUCUGUCCAGCGUGCCGGGCCAGGAGGUUUUCGACCCACGUAAACGCAAGUUCUCUGAAGAGGAGCUGAAACCUCAGCCUAUGAUCAAGAAAGCGCGCAAAAUCUACAUUCCUGAUGAUAUGAAGAAUGAAAAAUACUGGGCACGACGCAGAAAGAACAACAUGGCUGCCAAGAGGUCACGGGACGCUCGACGCCUAAAGGAGAAUCAGAUUGCCAUCCGGGCUGGUUUUCUGGAGAAAGAGAACGCGGCUCUCCGACUGGAAGUUGCCGACCUACGGAGAGAGCUGGGACGGUGUAAAAAUGUCUUAACAAAGUAUGAAGCUCAACACGACCCCCUGUGAGACCACCCAGGUGCUCUUCAAGUUCCCCCACCCAUGCCCUUCAUAUUCGAAGGACAGUAGUCUUGGGUUGAAGUCCACUGGAUCUGUUUUCCAGCCAGAUCUCAGCCUGUUUUUGACACCUUAUAAGGCAGAAACAUUACUUUAGAGAUCUAUCCAUUAUCUUUCUCUAUUUGUAAUCGCAAACAAAGCCAUCGUUGUUUGCUGAUCAUGUUACUUAUUAUUUUACUGUGUUGUAGCAUUUGUCCACAAACGUUUGCCUUGAUUUGUCGUUAAAUCUGAGCUAGUGGAUCUUCUGCUGUUCCACUACAGACACGCAUUGAGUUGUGUAUGAGAGGGGUACAUGUGCAUAGCUGCUUGGUGCACAUAAAGGUUUUGUGUCUCCGUAAAGACAAUAUUCUCACAGACAGAAUAGAAUGUAGCAGGAUUUGAGAGUUUGAAUGCGUUAAAUUAUUCUAUAUGACCAUAAUUACUAAAUAUAUGUAUAUCCUUGGAGACAAUCAAGUUGUUUAUGUUCCAAAGCGUAAUGAAAUAAAGAUGUAAGCUACUGGAAAUCUGUGCCAUAUAGAGCAUGAUUGAAAUUGGUUGUUACUUUAUUAUGAACCAGUAGUUUUUUGUUGGUGAAUAAAAAGUCCACAACCAAUCCCUUUAAAUCCUGGGAUGCUAAUUAAGUUUAGGUAGAACUGAGGUCAAAAUGCCCUUAUUGCUGACACAAACAGGCAACCUGCUUUUUAGAGUAUAUUGUUACAGAUAUGUUGCCUUUUGUUGGUCAGUUGUGAAAUGAAUGUAGUGCAACGUGUUUUAUGUCUAUCACUCUUUACUACAGACCAAAUGAUAUGAAAUACAAUACGUUUAUAUUGUCAUAUUACAAUUAAAUGUUUUUACAAAGUUGUUCUUGCUUUUGUACAGUAUUUUCAUAUGAAUUUCUGAAUAUAUAUCUAUGUAAUCUGAUGUAUACUGUAUAUUUAUAGGCUUCAAAUUCUAUGGAAUAAAGUUUUAAUUCUACAGGUAACUGUAUAUGGGCAUUAAUAUAAUACAUUUAGUACUAUGAACUUUACAUCGAGGUUUCUUAACCUUUUCUUAUUCAGUCACUUUAGUAUUAUGUGCAUCAGUAUCGAAACUUUUUUUUCAUGUUUCCUUUUUUUUUGUUUUUUUUGUUAUUAAAUUAUAUUGUGAUGUAUGAUCAUGAAAUAUGGUAUUAUUUGCCAAACUUGGUAAAAGAGCUCUACUCUUGGCCACAUGUUGUCAAUCAUUGUAUAUUUCAACAAACAAGAUGUCUUUUAUAUUAAAUAUAUUAAAAUACAGCAUGUUUAAAUUUUGACAUUCUUUCUUCAGAUUAUUAUAAGGCUUAAAUAUUUGCAAUAUGUUGUCUGCUGUGGUCCCUUUUGGUUCCCUUUUCCUGUUUCAUUGCUCUUAAUGAAAAUAAAAAGCUUUUGAAAAGCUGA